AAGCGCCCAUCUCCAUUCGCACACGGUCACAUUGAGGUCAACAAAAAUAAAUAAAGCCGGCUACUUAUUUAGUUAAUUUAUUCAGUCUCUGCGAUGAUACAAAGACUGUAAAAUGGAAGUAAUUCUGCCCCAACAAGUGCACGAUGCACAGAAGUUCCUGGAUUGUGCGGAAAAACUGGACUACGAUGAGUUCGAAGCAAAAAUGUUUGUUUUCUGCUAUGCAAGCUGCGAUGUUGAUGUGUUUGAGUUGAUGGGCAAUGACCGACUGACGCAGCUAAUUUACGGCUGGGAGGUGUGCCAACUGCAGGCAAGGACGAGCUACCAGGAAGAGUCACUGCGUCAUGUAGUCAAUGUGCUGGCGCACCACUCGUUGCAGUUGUGGUUCAGCCAGGAGUGGAGAACCUGCUCCGAGGGGCUCAAGCACAUGCUCCUCUAUUGCCUAACCAAGGCGGUGCCGGCUUUCUACCAAAUGGAGAAUCUGUGCAAAAUCAAUUGGCCCUACGUGCUGAAAUUGCAGACGAGUCCUUGGUGUAUACCCUAUUUGCAGGAUUUGUUUAGAAACCUGCAAGUAAACAAACAACUUUCCAUUGAACACGCAGUUCCUGCCGCCACAGAUGCGGAUAUCACAUUCCUCAUAGAAGAUGGUCUAGAACUGAUCCUCCUUCGCCUUAUGCAGCUAUUCAACGCUGGAAACUUUGAGGCAUUGAAGCAGCUUUCUCUUCGAAUGCUGGCUGCUUGGCUGAAAUUCAGAGCCAGUGAGCCACUUGAGUCCGUUGUCGAGGACACCAAGUGCAUUACUGUUAUAGGGCAUCUCUACCUCCUGACUGUUUUUGUAAAUGACGAAAAUCGAGGCUAUGUAAUUGAUAAUUUGAUGUACAACAUUAGGUUCUAUGCCCUGACCAUGCACGAGGCUUCCGUCUGCGAAGACAUAAACUUGACCCCAGCGCGCCUUAUUGCCCAGGUCUGUGUGCGGCUACAACUGAGCAAAAGCGGCUUCUUCGAUCAGAUUGGACUUAAAAAGUUCAAACUAAACCUGGUGACCUCCUUUGCCGUAAUGCUGGAUGCUUACACAAGCUAUGUGCUGGGAAACCAGUUGCUAGAGCUAAUGUCCCUCAAUGAGCACGACUUUUUGGAAAAUUUGCCGCAGUUCAAGGAGCUCAUGUAUCGCUAUGUGGUGGAGCGCGAGGGCAGCGAACGAUUUUUGCUGGAAGAGCUUAAUAAGCUGGAUCAACAACGGAAUAGCCACCAUCAGCCCCAAGUUGUCAGCUAUAAUCUGAAUUUUCAGCAACAGAUCUGCAAGGGAAACCGCGCCAGCAAUAUCGGAAACUACAAGAACUGCGACGACGAUGAGAAGCCGGUUUUGGAAACGGACGAGGAGCAGGACAGGCAAAUAGAUCCCGUCUUCCAGAAUGUGCCCAACAAUGAGGAGGUUCUUACCUUCGUUUACAAACUGCUGGCCGAACGGCACUUUACGGGCUGGAAGUUUGCGAAGAUUGCGCUGCUCUUGAAAAUAAUUGGCCAACAGCUGAAUGCCAUUGAAAUUUGGCGCUAUCAUCCCGGGUUGACUACCGAGUUUAUGCUGAAUCUUGAGCAGAAAAUGUCGAAGAACUACGCUGAUCUGGCCAAGGUAUUCUCAGAUCACGCGUUUAUGGAGGCUGAGUUCUGGCUGACUGCUUUCUACCUCAAUCCAAUAAAUGUAAACUACAACGAGGUUAAGCGCUGUUCUCGCAUCAAGAAGAAGCGCCAGGAGGAUGAUAGCUGGCAACGAGCCACAGCAGAACAUGGCGUCAAAUAUGAGCUGCUCAGCUCCACCAUCGACGUGGAUGAGAUAGUUACGGUUACCAAUCAUAGUGCUCCCGUGGCGGACUACGAUCCGAUAUAUAAGGCACUUCAAGCGCUUCGGCUGCCUCGCAGUAUUAUUAAAGAUCUCCUGACGGUGGCCUUUCAGCCUCGUAACAAGCGCUACUCCUGGGCCCUGGACUGGUACACCCUCCACGAGCGAUGCUCCGCGUUGCUUAAGAGCAAGGAUUUGAAGAACAAAUUCGUGGCUCUCAACAUGGCAGAGGCAAACGAUCGGCUGGAGUUUCUGAAGAUCGACUAUGCCAAAUACAAGGAUCGACCGCAAUUAGACUAUGGCACAAUAGAGGAGGGUUACGAGAACGCAGUUCAUCUGGGCGCACCGGAAGUGGAGCCAGAGGCAGAAACAGUGGCGGCAAGUGUCGCAGAGGAUGUGAAGGUCAAUCCGCAGAAAAGGAGACGACCCGCAAAACGAAAGUUUUGGGAUGAAGUUUUUUCGGAAGAUGAGGAGGAGGAGGUGAGCUCAAGUGGCUCGGAGGCCGUCUACACUGGUACCGGGCGUCGAACACGAGUCCGGGCGGCUGCCAUGGUGGCCAAUGCCAUGCUCUCGGAUAUGGACCGAUCGGUACGUUGUGGACGACGAUCCAGCUCCCCAUAUGCCAUAGAAGCUAAACAAGAAUCAGAGUCAGAACCAGAACCAGAGGCACCACCUCCAACCGAACCGCAGAGGCCCCCAACUCCCAAGGAAGUCACUAUUAAGGAGGAAAAUCAAACUAUCGACGAUCUUAUGGAGGCGCGUACCAAGUUCAGUAACGAAACCAGCGGGUUCAAGGCCUUUGCCGACAUCUGGAGCUUUGAGAAGGAGGAGUUGCAGAAUGUGCAGAGCAAAGGCAAUACCCUGAUGGAGUGCAGCUCUGUGCUGAGCAAAUUCAAGAACCUGCGGGCCUUGAAACAAAACGCAGCAGCGCGACCGCCACCUUCGGAUCAGUUACAGCCACUGGCGUUGGUGCAACCCAAAUUGGAAGAGCCAUCCAGACAGGAGAUCUCUCUCCCCGAUCCAAUCGAAAGUGAUUUCGACACCCAGAGUGCCAACUCAGACACCUCCACCAUGGCUACACAUGACUUUAACGGCGAAGACGAUGACGUAUUUGAUGAUUUGCCUGGACCGAGUGGAGACCAUUCCUCGCAAGGUAUUCCCACUGUAGACUUUACGCAGGAGGCCCAAGGUAGACAAGAGGAACUCAAUGUAGGAGAAAAGCUAACAGAGGCAACUGCAGUCCAGGAGACAAAAAACUUCCCAAACGAGGAGGAUUCUGUGCAACUGACCGAAGAACUUACUGAGAAUCUUAUUGAAGAGGUAACCCAGGAUGAACCCGAAGAGCUAGUAAUGCAACCUAUCGUCAACUUAUUUUCCAAACAAGAAGAGAGCACACCAGAAAAUCCAGUUGAUCAGCCAGUCCAGGAGCCAUUAGAAGCUCCUUCAAUGGUAGGCUUAUCCGGAAAAUUCCUAAACAUAGAUGAGGACACCGAUACGGCCGAGGAGACACUAUUCCAUGAAGCGAACAGUCAAAAGCCUCAGGUCAAGCGCUUAAAAAUCCUAAAACCCAGCUCAAAUGAUUCGUGUGGAGAAUCCCCGGAAGCGGAACGAGCACGCCUCAUUCAUGAGUGCCUAACCCGCAGGGCCGAAGUGCGUCUUACCAGGCUGACGCCUCUGGACAUUGAGAAGUUGCGCGGAUUCAGAGUAAGGAUUAAGCGCACCAAUCUGGUGAACUUCUGCCGGGACCAGAUGCAGCGUAAGCGCAUAAAAUACGCGACGGGCCGGUACAGUGAGGACAGUAGUGCAUCUACGCAGAGCUCUGAACCCUACCAAUCCGGCCGUAAGCGGUUUAAACAGUUCGUACACAUCACAUCCGACUCACCGGCAGGGUCCGCUUCGCCAAAGCCAGUCUUCAAGCACGUGACCUCUGACUCCUCCACAGAUCUUGAGGAGGUGCCGCCUCCAGUGGUGGCGGUCAGGAAACGCGGUCGUCCUCCAGGACCGCGCUGCAAGGCCAAGAAAAUUGUCCGUCCCCUAGCCGUAGUCCCAGCCGAUGUGAUUGAGUUGUCGUCCGAUUCGCUCUCCUCCAACUCACCGGUGCCGGUAGUCAGCAUCCAGCGGAUUCACUUCACGCAAGUGAUGGAAAUGGAUCCGCUGUACGAGGAAGAAAUCGUUCCCUUCUAACGUGCCGACAAGGAGCUGCUAGAAUCUUGCCCUGCGGCGAGGUUCUACGUGCUCGGAACGAAUGCAAGGACCAGGGGUGGCCGGGAAUGCUGUCGGGAUGAAAGAGAAUUACAGAGUGAGAAACGGAGAAAAAAGAGGGAAAACCGGCGAACCCGGCAAAUCGAAUUCGGCUCGCUUGUUAGAAUGCAAUUAGCCCGAGGCGGAUAUUUGGUAUUUGCUUUGGCUGGAGUCUGAUGAAAUUAUGUGCGUGUACAUCUGUUUGUCCAGGUCCCCGGCUGAGCCAUUGUGCGUCGGUCAGUAUUUGGACUGUGACGACGGCCGGAAGGCUCGGGAAAAAAUCAUUAUAUUCAAGUCCUGGAAAUUUAAACGCAUCCGCACUUCAAUUAACUGCCUAAUUGAUAUGCAUUGUGGUUAUAAAAAACCAAAUUAGCUACACGCGUCGGAGGAGCACUUGAACAGCAGUGAGGACUGUGACGACGUCGGCGACACGUGGCUGUUGGUGUGAAUUUUGGUGGGCAGGCAUAUCAAUGACUGCGGUUUGGGGAGGAUAAUGUUAAGCUUAAAGUGAAUACCUUGUUUUUUCUACAUUUAUUUAUUAAGAUACAAUCCAUAUUAAAUAGGCAUUGUACAAAAGUUCUACUACUGUAUUAGUUAUUAAUUUAUUAAAGUUUUUUUCUUUUUUUGAAAUUUAUAAAUUUGUAUGCAUUGUAUUUGUAAGUGCCAUUUAGAUAUUGAAUAAAUUUAUAAAGAAUACCACAA